AUGUUUCUGAAACAUAUCGAUCUUACUACUGCGCUACGGCCCUCUUAUCUUCCAGAUGAGGUGCUCCUCUUUGUUCAGGAUAACGUUGGCCUGUAUGAGGGCAAAUUCAAACUUCCCAACCAACAAAAUGGUCAGGUCUAUCUAACCUCUCAUCGAGUGUGUUAUGUUGAUAAGCAGGAACCUCGCAAGCAUUCUGUUGCGUUGGAUCUGAAGGAUGUGGAACGCUAUGAGUUCUAUGCCGGCUUUCUCAAGUCAUCAGCUAAGGUGACCCUGAUACCCAAGCCACCUAAACGAUCAUCAUAUCACAGUCGUGCUAUUUCGAAUGCGUCAAACUCGUAUAGAAACACUUCUGGGUCUCCAGGGCAUUCUGACUCUUCCUAUCGAGCACCUCUAGAACCUACAGCUGCAUCGAGCGCAACAUGGGUUUGCACAAUAUGCAGUUUCUCAAAUCCUGUUCCCUCGAAUUUCGACCCGACUUCUGCCAACGCUCAUACGCCUCUCCCUCCUUGUCUAGCUUGUGGUAUCAAACCAUCGCUGGCCCAUGUUCUCAAAGCUGCAAUUUCUGGUGCCAGCAACCGUUCAGCAGCGCCACCAACUCUUAAUGCACCUCUUCCGUUGCGACCAGGCAAUACUAGCACUCGACCACUUUCUGAGAAUUUUGACCCAACACCAACAACGAGUUUACCUGAUACUUCCAACGGUACCAGUGCAUCAGCCUCAUUCCAAUGUCCUCGAUGCACAUUCUCAAAUCACCCUUCAUUGAUGACUUGCGAGAUUUGUGGCGCUCCUCUGAUAUCUGAGAAUGUUCCGUCACUAAUCCAGCAAAGUUCGGCAUCCGACACGAUCAGAACCGACUCUCCUGGCCCUGUCCUCGACCCAAGUAAGAUCAACAAGAAUGGAAGCGAUGCCCCUGAAAGUGUCAAAAUCUCGUUCCGAAGGGGCGGUGAGAAGAUAUUCUAUGAGCGCCUCAAGGGGUCUAUGACACAACGAAAAUGGCUCCUCCGUGAUGCUCCUCCUGCACCAAAUAGUCGAGCUACAGACGAAGGACCAAAUGAUGCGACAGGGGGGACCUCAAGUGGACGAACAAAGGGGGUGGGUAUUGCGGGCCUGGAGCAAUUAGGAUUGAAUAUGCGCAAGAACAAUGAGUUGUUGAUUGGAAGCGCUUUUGAAGACCUCGAAGCUCUCAUGUCGUCCGCCAAGGAGGUCAUUGCACUUGCAGAACGAUUCGCGCGACAAACGAACAACGGACAAGGCAACGCAUCAGCUGAGGAGAAUGCCAUUCUAGCGGAAUCAGCAAGCCAACUUGGACUCGUCACGACGAAGGAUAUAGUGGGCGGCGGCAGCUCCGAAUCGCUUUAUUUGUCCGAAUUGGCGAGAAACCUAGCUGAAUUCCUCACCGAUGACUCCAGGGGUGUGCUCAAGAAAGCAGGCGGCAUCAUCACUCUUGUUGAUCUUUGGGCCAUGUUCAACAGGGCCAGAGGCGGAGUCGAGCUUGUUAGUCCUGCAGACUUCGAGAAAGCGGCAAGACUUUGGAGCAAGCUUAACCUGCCUGUCCGCCUAAGGACCUUCCGCAGUGGAGUCAUGGUUGUCCAGAGACGUGACCGCACUGACGGAACUACUGUCAGGGCCAUACUUGCAUGGCUACAAGAUCUGCAUGAGUUCCCGCCCGAUCGUGAUGUACCUUGGGACUGGCAACUGUUUGGCCGUGGCGUUACCGCUCAGGAAGCCGCUGAGCGUUUCGGCUGGAGUCUUGGUGUGGCAGAGGAGGAACUUCUCAUGGCGGAAGAGCGAGGGGAGUUGUGUCGGGAGGAGGGACUGGAAGGCCUCAAGUUCUGGGUCAACUAUAUUGACCUAGGGCAACACAAGAGGUACAAGAGCCAGGCUCAGAAAGAUAACGACGAGGUCAUGAAGGCGUUGAAAGCAAGCGGGCUUUUAUAA